GGAGGCUUGGAUUGGCUGAGUCAGUGGCAGGGUGGGGGCGAGGCAGCACAGAUGAAGCAUUUACCUGUCUAGGUAAGUCAGGAGGAGGUCAAAAGAAGGAGAAAACAGGAGCAGGCAGGGGAAGCAGUCUCUGUCUCCGUCUCUGCCCUUGGAAAUAAAAGGGUAUUCCUGUCCUCUCUUCAGCCCCUCAACCCAGUGGAGGUCAGAUUCCUCUCUGCCGUGAUUAUGGAGCACCUGUCGAUGAUCUUCCAUGGCAGUUGGUGUCGUUUCUUUACUCUGGAAAUACCUGCUGUUGGGGCAGUACACUGGUCUGGAAGUAUAAAGCUGAACGAGACCAGUCACAGGGUUUAAGCUGCUUCAGGACAUCUAGAUUCUGAAAUGAGAGGGUCACAGGCUUCCCCGGGAGGAAGGAGAGCCUAGCAAACCACCAUAAGUCUGAAGGCUACUUGGAAGAACAACGAUAGCAAUUUUCUCUGAAAAAUUUCAUUUUAACAUAGAGGAGUCACCCUUGGCCUGCCAAAUUCGGGCCCAGCUUGGGACAUUCUUCGCUUCCCUUCACUUCCCCUCUGGGAGCCCCUUUUGCCACCCCUGCACACUGCUUCGGGCAAUGCCCGAGAGGGAGCUGUGGCCGGCGGGGCCUGGCUCAGAACCCGUGACCCGCGUCGGCAGCUGCGACAGCAUGAUGAGUACCACCUCCACCCGCUCUGGAUCUAGUGACAGCAGCUACGACUUCCUGUCCGCUGAAGAGAAGGAGUGUCUGCUCUUCCUGGAGGAGACCAUUGGCGCGUUGGACACUGAGGCUGACAGUGGACUGUCCACUGACGAGUCUGAGCCAGCCACAACGCCCCGAGGAUCGCGGGCACUGCCCGUAGCCCAGCCUGCUCCCCAGGGAGAUCCGGAAGAGACAGUCGCUCGGCAAGGACUAGGGCCAAGGAGAGUGACUCAGUCCAGCUCAUCCCACCCUCCUGAGCCCCAGGGCCUGGGCCUCCGGUCUGGCUCCUACAGCCUCCCCAGGAACAUCCACAUUGGCGGAAGCCAGAACCUCAGGAAAAGCACCCCCCAGGCUAAGACCCUCGUGGUCGCUGGAGAACCCGAGAGGCCUGCAGCAGAGCCUGAGAAACCGCGGGCCAGCCAGGGCGGCAAGCCCCGGGGGGCUGCCCUAGAUUUGGACGUGGUGCUCAUCCCUCCCCCAGAGGCCUUCCGGGACACCCAGCCAGAACGGUGCAGGGACGACAGCCUGCCGGCGGGGCCAGGACAGCAGAGCCACACACCCCAGCUCCACACGCCAGCCAACCCCCAGAAGAGCGAGCAGAUUCCUUCAGAGGCCAUGUCCCAAAAAGCCAAGCAAAAAGACUCAGAGGGGGGCCCAAGACAGCCAGGGCCUCCUCCUGCCGUGUUGUCCCAGAGUGCAAGAGCUGAGGAUGCUCCCCCUCCAUCAGGGGAGGACCCGCAUGCCCGGCUGCCUCCCCUCACAGCCCCUAAGCCCCGGAAGCUGCCACCUAAUAUUGUUCUGAAGAGCAGCCGAAGCAGCUUCCACAGUGAUCCCCAGAACUGGCUGUCCCGCCACGCUGAGGCCACCUCUGGGGACUCCUGCCUGGUCUCCUCUUCAGUGCAGGAGCAGCGGAAAGCACGCAGAGAGGCGCUGGAGAAGCUGGGGCUGCCCCAGGACCAAGAUGAGCCCGGCCUCCACUUAAAGCACACAAGCUCCAUCAGACUCAAGGAGACCCGUGCUCAGGGCCCUUCCUCGGCUCCUGCUCCAGCUCCGGCUCAGCCCGCAGGUCCUGCUCAGGUCUCAGCAGCUGUCCCUGCUGCAGGGAAGGCUCCAGCUCCAGCUCGGGGACCUUCGCCAAUGCAGGCUCCUGCUCCAGCUCCAGCUCAGGGGUCUUCUCCAAGCACAGUGUUGAUUCCUGCCCAGGUAACCCCUCCAGGGAAUGUUGCAGCUGCCAAAUCCGUGCCAAUUCCCAUCCCCAAGGCGCCAAGGGCAAACAGCCCCCUGACCCAGCCAAAGCCAGACUCGGCGCUGACUCUCCAGCAGAGCAGCAUCCCUGGCCUGAGACAGAUGAACUUCAAGUCCAAAACGCUGGAGCGUUCGGGCGUGGGGCUGAGCAGCUACCUCUCGGCUGAGAAGGACGUCAGCCCCCAAACCAGCGCUUCUCUGGAAAAGGCCUCCAUCUUGGACAAGGUCUCGCCCAGCAUCUUGCGUAAUUCCCGACCCCGGCCUGCCUCCCUGGGCACGGGGAAAGACUUUGCAGCCAUCCAGGUGGGCAAGCUGGCAGACCUGGAGCAGGAGCAGAGCUCCAAGCACCUGUUCUACCAAGGACAGAGCCGUGACAAGCUUCCUCGACCCCUUUGUGUCAGCGUCAAGAUCUCUCCCAAGGGCGACCCUGGCGAACACAGAAGGGAGGCCCUGAAGAAGCUGGGACUGUUGAAGGAGUAGACUUGGGCCACCAGCUCUGCCAGCGCUGCCACCUGCCUGCCCGGCACUAGGAGAGACGGGGGCUCCACUCAGGGGAUUUGGCCAGCUCACGACUCGGGGCUUGGGCAGGGGUCGGCUUCUCUCAGAUGCUCUCUGAGGCGAAGGGGAGGGAGAGAUAUGAGCCCAAGCAUGUUUUCAUAUUCGGAGUGUUGUGCCACUGCGUGCCUGGACAAGCGUGUGUGUGUGUCUGUGCAUGUGCGUUGUGGGCUGUAUGGGCCACUGAAGCUAUGCCUGUGACACAGGAGGCGUUGCUCAGAGUUCUGCCCUUGCCAGAGAGUCUCCUGCUGUGAGCGGACUGCAGCCCCGCCAGAACUGCGUGGGGGCCGAGCCAGAGAGGAAAAGCCAAAUGAGACAGUGCAUGUGCAGUGACUCGGAAAAAAGUUGCGCUCGGCAGCUGCAAGGUCACGGGAAACGUGGGCCUCCCAGAGGCCCUGCGGUGGCAGCUGCAAGGUCACGGGAAACGUGGGCCUCCCAGAGGCCCUGCGGUGGCUAGAGACGGGCUCACACCUCGCCAGGGCCCUUUCUCGGUUCCGGCCUCUGCACGAGGCCUGGGGCCAAGAGGAGUUGGUUUGUUAUCUCCUCACCCACUGCCUUCAUGGUGUCACUGGUCCCAAGGAUAGGACACAUCUCUGUCACUAAACCUCUGGGUUGACUGAUAGCAGAACAGCCCUCGCUGGCCUGAGGAGGCAGAUAAGUGACCACACGCUCUGGCCUCCGCCUCUGCCGGGCAGAGUUCUUGUCCACGGGCUUGACAGAUCCAAUAAAGACUGUGCUGCGGUCCCUGACGCUGGUGUUCCUGUUCCUCCUGCUCUCCGGCUGCCUGUCCCAGGGUGCAUGUGGCGGACCCCGGGGCUGAGAUGGGAGCCUCAGCUCAGCGGCUUCACGAACACCAAAGGACUGUUUCAGAUCGUGUCCACGCUAUUGGUGGGAGCUUUUAAAUGUCCUCCGUUCCAGUGGUGGAAAACCAACAC